CUGGACCUGAGCCGGAGCAACCUGGGCUUCGUGCCCGAGGAGCUGCGGACCGUGCCCGAGCUGCGGAAGCUCACGGAGCUCGACCUGAGCCGGAACCAGCUCUUCGGCAGCGACCACAGAUGUACGAAGAUGGUCGCGCUCGAGGACCUGGCGCUGGACGGGAACCAGCUCACGGAGCUCCCGGAGAACGUCGGCGACUGGAAGCUCAUGAAGCGCUUCUCCGCGGCGAAGAACGAGCUCAAGGCGCUGCCCGAGAGCAGCGCGGCGUGGACGGGGCUCACGUACCUCAACCUCCGGAACAACAAGCUCGGUGCGCUGCCCGGCCCGGCCAUGCGCCACUGGACGGAGUGCGAGACGCUCUACCUGGGCACGAACGAGAUCGCCGUGCUCCCCGACGAGGUGUCGUUCCUCACGAAGCUCCGCGAGCUCGACGUCCGCACGAACCACCUGAGCCACGUGCCCCCGGCGCUGUCGGCCUGCCGCGAGCUCAAGAAGCUCCACCUCGGCAACAACCGCAUCGCCGACGUGCCCGCCGAGGUGCUGGCCCACCUCACGGAGGUCGAGGAGCUCCACCUCUACAAGAACAAGCUCGACGCGCUCCCGGAGCAGAUCGGCUCGCUGACCAAGUGCACGCGGCUCACGCUGUCGUCGAACAACUUGCGGACGCUGCCGGACGCCAUCGCGUCCUGCCAGUCCCUGAGCGAGCUCUACAUCAACAACUGCGGCAAGUUCGCGAACCUCCCGAGCAGCAGCGGCGACCUCGUGAACCUGCAGGAGCUCCAGGCGAAGAAGUGCCCGGGCCUCAAGUCGCUGCCGAACACGGCCGUCGCCUGGGCGAACCUCCGCGAGCUCGACCUCCGCGCGGCGAAGAAGCAGGUCUGCAAGCUCCCGCCGGAGCUC